GAUACGGUUCAGGUAUGUGAAUAAUCGGGCACCGUCUCCAGUAUAAAGAGACGAAAUUUCUAACUCCUUAGAACUUUUGCUCAAUUGCACACACUCACAUCAGCUCAUCCAGACUCAGAAUCGUGUACAACCAUUCUAGUAGGCAACAUCGUUAUGUGUGAGGAUUUGUAGCCCUUGUUCUGGGAUGUUAUAUGUUGAUUUUAUAAUUAUUACUAUAAAUCCCAACGCAACCCUCCCUCCUUUCAAAAAUGUUGUUCCAGUAUUAGCAGCCUUUUCUCAGGGGUUCAUUGAUCGCAUUUAAUGGCUACUUGAGUCUUACCCCGUACGUUUAUUAUUGAAGAGAAUAACAAUUCUACCCAACCUAAAAGCUAUGGCUCUUAUAUUGGAAUCAUGGUUUUAACCACUGAAGGCAGAUGGCGUGGUUCGUCAAUUGGCAGUGGAGCUGGACACUUACAUGAAUGAAUUUGACCCAGAUGGAAACUUUACAGGCAUUGACACAACAAGCACAACAAAACCAGUUGCAGCCAAGAGUCUCAACAGCACUGGGAUUGAUCUUAAAAGUGGAAGAGAAAUUAACAUUAAAAUUGACUAUGACGGGCACAAGCAGAUGCUCAUGUUUCUGUGGGAUAUGCUGACAGACCCUUCAUCAGCUUUCUUGCCCAAUCUAUUAUCAUGUCAGAAUCGGUUCUAAGCUCCGUUUAUGUGGGUUUCACAGCGUCUACGAGGUCCUAUUCUUAACUGGAUGUUUACAUCAAUACAAAUUGAAAACCAAUAAAACUACCUGUAUAUACUAUUCACAAUUUCAGCAAGGACAACUUAAUGGGAUAGGCAAGGCCAUCAUUUCAAAUCCUCCUUCAAUUGUAGCUGUCAAAAAAUUUUCAGGAACCUCACAUGAAGGUGAAAGGGCCUAAGCCCUAAGGCACAAGUAUAUAGUGCAACUCCAAGGUUGGUGUCAUGGGGAUCUAGUGUAGGAUUACAUGGCCAAUGAUAGCCUUGAUCCUGUCAUCGGGAAGGGGCCUCCUGGCUGGAAAACCAGGUGCAAUAUAUUGCAUCAGCAUUGCUAUGUCUCAAUGAAGAAUGGGAUACUGUAUAUAGAAAUUCCAGAAUCACGGCCCACUUCUGUUUAUAUAUCGGUGUCUUCUUCCUCUUCUGCUGCAUCAACAACUAAUUUUGGGUCGGGAAGUGCCACUGCCAAUGCCUUACUAAAGCCGCCCAUGUCAUCCCAUGAUAAGAUUGAGAUGGAUAUGAUGCCAGUUUAAUUAUUAAUAUGAUUCAUAAACAGAAACAGGAGUUUGUUUCUGAAAAUACAUUGCUGUAACUGAAAUUUUAUUUUAUAUACAGAGAAAAUAAAAAAUGUUUAUGUGCAACAAAUGUAUAGUAUAGAGUACAAACACUUGCGUUUUCUGAAAUCAAUAUUGGAGUAAAAUAAGAAAAUGCAGUCUUCCUAGAAAAACAGGGAAAGCCGGCUGUUGUAGUUUUGAAUGGUGGCCACGUAGUAGUCAAAGAACAACAGAGAGACUGCUCAACGAACUGUUCAUGACAUAUAAUGAUGUCAGAAAGGCAGAGAACUCCAAAUGGCCGAACCAAGAAUAAAACUUGCUGCUUUCUUGGACUUUCUUACCUGUCUUUCAGCAUCAUCUUCAAUCUCCAAUCUUCUACCAGGUUAUCAAAUCACUUUCGCUUUUAUUCACUGAUUGACUCCCUUUUUUUUCCUUUUUUUGUUCUCGUUGAUUUUCUUUGUUCAUUCUCUGCUUCUAGAUCCAUUGUCCUUCUCCCUUACCUCCUCUGAUUCCCAGAAAUUUCAUAUAUCAUUUUUCAAUAAUAUUUUUUAUAAUUUAAAUUAACAAGGUAUUAUGCUCUUGAGUUUCAAUGUAGUAAGUGAUAAUGCUCUUGUUACUGGGGAUUUAGGUUAUCCUGUUAAGGUUUGAUAGCUUAAUGCCUGGUAGAAUCCACUUAGUUAAGCUUUGUACAAGCAUAUAAUUUAGUUAAGUUGUUCUAUCAUUCUCACAAAAGAUAUAAAGACCUCAACAUUUUAUUUUAUUUUUUGUAAACUCUUACCAUUGUUUUAAUCUCCGUGCAAUCUACAAAAUUUAUACCUGUAUCAAAUCUUCUUAGUUUUGUCCUUUGCUUGGUUAAAGUGAUAUUGGCAUUCAUGAAUUGGUAAAAAUGUGUUUUAUGGACGCUAAAAGUACUUUGCUUUUGGUAUAUUUUAUUAUAUCAUCAUCUUUUUUGAAAGUAGGCCAGAGUUUACAUGGUUCUUCACUUCCAUGUAAUGUAUCUUCAACUGAAUCUUGUCCCGCCUCACUGUAUUAUGUUCCGGAGACCUCGAAAACCCUUGAAGAAACAGCCUCUUUGUUCAAUGUAAAUCCUAAUGUAGUGAAUAGAACCAUGGAUGAUUACUUGAUUGGGAUUAAUUGCAGCUGCCCACGUGAUCAUGAUGAGUAUGUUUGGCAUGUCAACUACAAAAUCCAAUACGGAGAUACAUGGGAGAAGUCUCAUCCAAAUUUGGGUCAUUUGUGUUGGAAAAAAAAGAUAAGACUCUCAUUCCGACACAAAUUGUCACUUUAGAUCUCUUAUGCAGUUGUUCCAAGAGUUUUGAUUAUGUUUUGACAUACAAGGUUGAAUCUGGAGAUACACGUUUUACAAUUUGUUCCAGGUUUCAGGCUGAUUUAGACAAGACUGCCAUGUUCAAUAGGCUUGAAAAUCCUAAUCUUAUUUAUGCUGGAGAUGUGAUUUUUAUACCUGGACCAGGCCUUCAAAAUUUUACCAGGCUUGAAGAUAAAGAUCCCAUUGUCAAAGAAACAUCAAAAUCUCAAAUCCUUAUUGUGGUUGGAAGCACUUUAGCUGCUUUUACUUUCAUACUAUUGACAGUUGCACUUCUGUUUUUGAAGUAUUAUAAAAGGAUGGGAACUCCACAAUCAAAAGUCUAUCCUGGAAGAUUGAAUAGCUUGUGCUGUUAUCUUGGCUCAAGCCAAUUUCACACAAAAUUCAAAGAAAGUGCCAUUUCCUCAUUCAGUUCAGAGAAAGCUACUGUUUUUCCUUACCAUGAAGUUUGUGAUGCAACUUCCAAUUUUAGUACUUCUUUAAAGAUUGGCCAAGGAUCUUAUGGGUCAGUUUACCUGGGAAAAUUAAGAGGAAUUGAUGUGGCUAUCAAGCAGAUGAAAAACACCAAGUCAAAAGAGUUUUUGUCAGAUCUGAAUAUCCUUUGCAAAGUCCAUCAUUCAAACUUGAUUGAGCUUAUUGGAUAUGCAGCUGGUGGAGACUCUCUGUUUCUCAUAUAUGAAUAUGCCCAAAAUGGUGCAUUGAGUGACCAUCUACACAGGCCCAGCAUAAGAGGUUACAAGCCUCUUGCUUGGACUACACGUGUUCAGAUUGCUUUAGAUGCAGCCAAAGGCCUUGAGUACAUACAUGAAUACAGAAAACCAUAUUAUGUCCAUCGAGAUGUGAAGACAAGCAAUAUUCUGUUAGAUUCGAAUUUUCGUGCAAAGAUUGCAGAUUUCGGACUCGUAAAAUUAUUAGAGCAUUCUCCUGAAGUUGCAGCUGUAGCAUCAAGAAUUGUUGGGGCAUUUGGGUACCUUGCGCCUGAGUAUGUAAGAGAUGGGUGUGUGACCACAAAGAGUGAAGUGUAUUCAUUUGGGGUUGUUGUAAUGGAACUAAUCACAGGGCAACAAGCACUGAGUAAAGAAGCAAGUCCUGGAAAUGAUCAGUAUACUGAACAUCGGUCUCUUGUGGAUCAUAAUCCAAUGGACAAGCUGCUAGAAUGUUUGGAUCCCAACCUGACUCAGUACCACAGAGAUUUAGUUUUUCAGAUGGCUCUUCUGGCCAAGGACUGCGUGGAUGAUAACUGGAGACGCCGUCCUGACAUGUCAAACGUUGUGAUUAGUCUUUCCAGCAUCUUGAAUUCUUCUAAAGCCAAUACAUAUUAUGUGAGAACUCUGAUUCAUGCUUGAUUGAAUCUAUAUUUGAAUUUGAUUCAAAUUAACUAUUUUUUUUAAG